UCGUUGCCUAUUGGGGGAUGAAUGGUCACGUGGGUCGAGCGCACAGCCCGUGCUUUCGGAUAAUGGUUGUCAUGGCAGCGGGCACUCUAGGAUCAUGGCGGCGGUGCUAUAGAUAGAGACCAUUGGACGUGCAUAAGGUGAGUGUACGGAGAGGAUGCUGCAGCCCGGGAAUUACAGCCUAGUCCUGACCCUCCAGUUCCUGCUCCUGGUCUAUGAUUUGUUUGUUAACUCCUUCUCGGAGCUCCUGCGAUCGGCCCCGGUUAUCCAGCUGGUGCUUUUCAUAUUGCAGGAUGUCGGCACUUUAUUUGCAGCCAUUGUCUUGUUCCUUAUGCUGUUUAACACGUUCGUGUUCCAAGCUGGGCUCCUGGGAUUACUGUGCCAGCGCUUUCAAGUCACAGUUUUGCUAUGUGCUCUGCAUUUAACCCUAAGUGUGUCACUACACGUAUGGCUCAUGAAUCUACGGUGGAAAACUGAAAAUAUCUUUGUGUGGUCGGAUGGAUUGCAGGCGUUGUUUGUUCUGCAGAGAGUUGUGGCCGUGCUGUAUUUUUACUUCUACAAGAGGACUGCUUUAAGUCUGGGAGACUCCCGCUACUACCAUGACUCUCUAUGGUUGCGCAAUGAGUUUGCUCAAGUACGGGGUUAAUGCAUCAAUGAUCAUUUGGGGGACCAAGCACAAGCACUAAGUGUUUUUUUUUGGUGGGGAAUAGAGGUGAGUCUGUACACCCUCUAGUACCCCAUAGAAACAGAACAGUCAGUCUUCAUGUUGCACUGUGGGAGGAUUGUCCAGCAGCAGUUCUUGCCUUACCAUAACAUCUUUCAGCCCAGAGGACACUUCUGUAAAUUAUCCAUAAUAUUAUUCAUUUUCUUGAUGAUAUUAUUAGAAAGUCACUUGUAUUUUCAAUAAGUGAAAUGUGUGCACAUAUGUAAAAAAAAUCCUUUUUCUAGUUUUUGAUAUUCGUUUGUUAUCAUAGAUGUUUUGUAGCUUUAUUACUUUAAUAAAUAUUGUACACAAAUGUCUCUGUGUUAAGAAGGCAAAGGGUUAAAGAAGCUC